GCAUGAAUAUGAUAAUGCAGAAGCCUAGUUCAGCAAUGAAGGAAUUGAUUUCCAAACAAGUUGUGCAAACCAAGCAAAUGAUUUCCAAACAAGCCGUUAAAAUCGUGAAACGAGCAGAAGAACACGAAAAGCUCAUCGCCAAGGUCACUCAUCUUGUGGGGGUUCUUGGUUAUGGUAGCUUCUGCUUUCUCUUGGGAGCAAGACCCCAAGACAUUCCCUAUGUGUAUUGUUUGUUCUACGUCUUCUUUGUUCCUCUUCGUUGGAUUUACUAUAAGUUCAAGAAAUGGCAUUACUACUUACUGGAUUUUUGCUACUAUGCAAAUACAAUUUUCUUGGUUGAUCUUCUUUUCUAUCCGAGGAACGAAAAGCUUUUCAUGGUUUGCUUUUCUUUUGCCGAGGGGCCAUUAGCUUGGGCGUUGAUUGUAUGGCGAUGUAGCUUGGUUUUUAGUUCUUUUGAUAAAAUUGUCGGUGUUCUUCUCCAUCUCUUGCCUGGAAUUGUUAUCUUUACCAUUAGAUGGUGGAAUCCUGCUACUUUUGAAGCUAUGCAUCCAGAGGGAUCUCUUCAAAGAGUUACAUGGCCUUAUGUUGAAGAUAAAUCCUAUCUUUGGACAUGGCUGUUUCUGGUUCCCUUAGUAGCUUACAUUCUGUGGCAGGUUCUAUACUUCCUCAUUGUCAAUGUCUUACGCCGACAAAGGCUUUUAAGAGAUCCUGAAGUCAUGACAUCCUACAGGGAACUCUCAAAAAAAGCUAAGAAAGCAAACAAUAUAUGGUGGCGCCUAAGUGGGCUAUUUGGGGAUCAAAAUCGCAUGCUAAUGUACAUUUUUCUACAAGGCAUAUUUACCAUUGCAACCAUGGCACUGGCUGUCCCCAUAUUCCUGUCAUAUGAAUUGCAUGUAAUCUUCCAAAUACUUAAGGUUUCUGCUUCAGUAUGGAACGGUGGAAGUUUCCUGUUGGAACAAAAAUAUACAGCAGGAAGUAUACAGUUUUGCAAGGUCAAGUAACGGAGAGCUCAACAAUGCUGUUCUUGGGAGAUCUAAUUGACUUACUCAGCAGAAAUACUUAAUGUUGUAUUUGCUUGAACUAAUCCAUGGUGCUAAGAGUUCAAAUUUGGCAGGUGGAGUUGUAAAUGGAUAUUUCUUUUUUUCUUUUCUUUUUUUCAUGUAAGCACUCCUUAAAAUGGAUACUUUUAAUACAAUUGUUGAUACUUUGAAAAUAUUUUACAUGUUUGCUACAGUUGUUUUUAAUCUGGUUAUCCUUUAGGCUUUGAACGUUUGUGGCAGUUAUUCAAUAGGGGUCCAAAUCAAGUUUUAGAGACCAUGAGUUUAUAUAUUUUAAAAGUUGAUGAACAUGUAGAAAAAUUAUCAUAAUCUAUCUACUCAUCAUCACUAUAUGAAAGCACAACCUUUCAAAUAUUAUGCAUUGCAAUGAAGUCACUGAACUAAAUACUUGGUAAUUAGAAAACAAGCCUCCGCUUUCAGCUGUAACUAAAUUUAACUGUAAUGAUAAUGCUUAUAUUCAUUUAAUUGUGCAUACCUUAUCGCUACAAACUGCUAGCAUCAAUUAC